CUUGCGUCGCCUCUUUCGUUUGAGCCAGCCUUGCAAGCCCCCCCUUCCUCUACCAGCGUUUGCCUCCUCGCCUCUCCCCCCGCCAGAUCUGGCCAUGUGUAGAUCUGCCAUUUCGCGCUCUUCCCUUGCUCACCAGGUUCUCUUUCGCUGCUGUCUGGGAUUGCGCUUGGAUUCGGGUAAGGCGCCACCUUCUUCAUCAGUUUGGGCUUGUUUCCGCGCCCUUGACGUGGCUUUAGAAUCUGUUGUGGAGAUUUAGGUUGGUUUCAGGGAUCGGAGUAGGGUUGUGGAAGCAAUCGGGCCAGCCAGAGCAGAUCCAAGAUGAACGACUUGCUGGCUUUCUCAGGGCGGAACAAUGGCAGAGGAUAUGAUGAUCUGGAGAGCGGAGGAGGUCCCAGUACGCAGAUGGCCGACAUGGGCGGGGGCGACCAGAAAAUGGAGAGCUUCUUUGCCGAAGUGGAGAAGAUUAAAGGGGACAUGGACAGGAUUAAGCAGAUUUUGAUUAAGUUGGUGGACGCCAAUGAAGAGAGCAAGGGUGUGCACAGGGCCCCCGCUAUGAAAGAGCUCCGAGGCCGCAUGGAUGCUGACAUUGCGCAAGUGAGCAAGCUUGCAAGGGGCAUUAAGGGCAAGCUCGAGGAUCUUGACCGGAAGAACGCUGACAGCCGCAGGGUGAAGGGAUGCGAGGAGGGGACUCCAACUGACCGGACUCGCAUGACCAUCACCAACAAUCAGAGGAAGAAGCUCAAGGAUCUCAUGGGGGAUUUUCAGUCUCUUAGGGAAAGAAUGAUGAACGAGUAUAAGGAAACUAUCGAGCGCAGAUAUUAUACCGUCACAGGGCAACAAGCAGAUGAGGAAACGAUUGACCAGAUCAUUGAGACAGGUGAGAGUGAAACAUUUUUGCAGAAGGCAAUUCAGGAGCAAGGGCGAGGUCACGUUAUGGAAACUAUCAGAGAAAUUCAAGAACGGCAUGACUCCGUAAAGGAAAUUGAGAAGAAUCUGCUUGAACUGCAUCAAAUUUUCAUGGAUAUGGCUGUGCUCGUUGAAGCUCAGGGAGAACAAUUGAACAACAUUGAAGCUCAAGUCAACAGGUCUUCCUCUUAUGUGGAGAGGGGCACUACACAUUUGAGGGUUGCCAAGCAACAUCAGAGAAGUAAGCGCAAGUGGACAUGCAUAGCCAUCAUUCUCCUGAUUAUUCUUCUUUUAAUUAUUAUUAUUCCCGUACUGAUAUCGAAUAAAGUAAUUUGAGGAGAUACAUUGUGCUCUUCAAAACCAUUCAAAUGUCUUCAGGAAUCACAGUAUACAAAAUAUCCUACAGCUCUCUCGUAGUUGCCACAUUCAUUCAAUUUGUACCGAGUAUUGCGAUACUAAAAUUCUGUCGCAGUUCAGUUAGGCGGUUCCUAAGCUUUCACUAUUAUGCUGUCUUGCCGCCUCACAAAUCCUAGUGCAGUAACAAUAGCUCUUCUUUUUAGUCCUUUUGGAGAGGGAAGAUAUUGUGUUUGCUCCCUCUUCCUAUUGGUGUUUUUCCUUCGUUGGCGUUUACCAUCAACUGAAGCAUUUUCUGAUUAUUUUCGGGACAUUUUAGUAUCAAUAAUAAAGUUCCAAUUCUUUUCAUGGAUCA